GUUAUUAGUCAUCAUGCGAUGGGGAUCCACGCAUCGGUGUUUUCAAUCAAGUUAUUGAAACAAUAAAUAAUAAUAUGUGCGAUAAAGUUAUAAGUUUGCUUCGAUUAUGUCUGUUUAUUGUGUUAAGUUGUACAUCAGUUUAUAGUACGGAGAUAAAAAACUGUACGGACUGCGUUAUCUACAAAGCAUGUGAUGCUGCCGCAGAGGCUAUUAAGAAAAAUGAUCCAGCCAUCGACAGCCAACUCAACAGUGCCUUCUGCGGAUUCGAGGGUGGCCGACCAAAGGUAUGUUGCUCCGAGGUGACCGGACUGGGAUAUGGUCCUGAUGACCACCCUAACCUCGCUCUGCUGCCAGACGACUGCGGGGUCAGAGGGGAGGACCUUGCAGACAGGCUCGCAGGAGCGUUUCCAGUCCCAGGACUCUACGAGUAUCCAUGGAUGGUCCUCAUUGCAUAUAAGACAUCAAAGCCAGAACAGCGGUUCAACUGCGGCGGCACUCUGAUCAACGACCGCUACGUUUUGACCGCGGCCCACUGCCUCUUCAGUUUGGAGCGCUGGAAACCGAUCAGCGUCAGAGUUGGGGAGUAUGAUGUGGAUACGGCUACGGACUGUGUUGGGGACACAUGCGAAUCUGAUGUACAGGACAUAGAAAUAGAAGAGGCAAUUCCUCACCCUGAUAAGUACCUUCAGUACCCUAUUAGGAAUGACAUCGGACUUAUUCGACUGAAUGAUACUGUACAAUUUUCAAAAAAUGCCGGUGCAAUCUGCCUCCCGGUGACCCGCUACUUACGAACCCGGGACACGGCCAAACUGGACGCCAUUGUCUCCCAUUGGAGGUAUUCGGAGGAGGGGUAUGCCUUCUCCAAGAUGCUGUUCGUGGAUGUCAACAUAAACAGUCCGCAGCAUUGCAAGCAGCAGUAUGAUAACAUCACAACUAAAAAAAAUGCCAGAGAAGACAACAUGCUGAACAAGAUCUGUGGCUCCUACCCCGCCGGCUCAGACACGUGUCCCGUAGCCGGGAGCCCAUUAAUGGUGCAUAGCACAUUACGGGACCGGGGUCGAUUCGUCCAGUACGGGGUCGAAUCGUACGGACCGAAGCUCUGCGGGGUGAACUUACUGCCCGAAAUAUACACGGAUGUUACUAAGUAUAUGACGUGGAUACUGGAUACAAUAAGACCUUGAGGUGAACACCGAUGAAGAAAAAACGUAGGCGGUUGGACAUCAUCAUCGAUAAUUUAAGAGUUGGACUCUUGUUGGUGGAACAACUUCCAUGAGGGCCGGUCUUCUGCCUUCCUUUUGACUUCCUGAUACGAGACGACGUUGAUUUUUUGCUUUUUUUGGGUCAUAUGACCCAAAUAAAGGCGGUUGGACAGUGUGUUUUAAAUAAAAUACAAGUACUGUUUUA